AUGAUAUCUUAAGCAGAUAAUAAGAGUACCAAAUUGGUUUAAAGUAUUAUUGAUAAUACAUAAUAAAUAUAACGGAUUGAAAGCAAAGCUUAGAAAAAUAAAAACUCUGAAAAAAGUAAUUAACAAUUUAUCAGUAACCAUCAAGGUUAUGUUUUGAGAUUAGAUAAAAAAGCUAUAUAAGAAAAAGCAUAGGGCGAGGCCUGUAAAGUUUACUUUACAAAUACAAAACUACAAGAAACUUACAAUGAUAGGAAACGAAAAAGGAAUAUGAAGAGUCGUAACACGCUAGCUUUAAGAAUGAAUUCCCCUUCCUCUUAAAGCCAAUCCUCUAUAGCAAGACAGUAUGAAAACUAAAAGAUUGAUCUUAAGAUAGACUACUACAAUGAAAAUUCAAAAAAGUUUAACCACUUCAAUGAUUCAUUUAAGGAUCUUUAAAACAAUAAAAUUCUAUAGAAUCAAUAAUCAAAAGUCUCAUUGAAGGAAAGCAAUCUAGACUAGCCUGAUAAAAAUGGUCCUGUAAAAAAGCUAGCAAGAGGUGGGGGAGGAUUUUCUCUGAUGUAUCAUAAUAGAUAUUAAAGAUAUAAUAAAGAUUACAAGUUGAUUGGAGAUUUUAACAAGAAAAUACAGUAAAAUUUGUCAUAGCCUUAUUCAACAAGUAAGGAUCCUCAUAUUGAAAGUGGAACUAAUUUAGUUAGUGAUUCAAGCAAUUAAAAUUUGGGAGAAUAGAUUCAUAUAAAUUUUUCUCAAUACCCUUUACAAAAUACAGACUUUAGUCCCUUAGCCACCAAAAACUUGUAAUAUCACUCUAAUUAAAAUUCAACUCAUAACUAAACAUAAUUUUUACCAGCAAAUUCCUUUAUAAAACAUGAAUAUUAAGAAAAUGCUCAAGUAAUUAAUAUGCCAAGUUAACUGUCAAUGACAACAAAUAUAUUCUAAAAAUAAAGAAAAAGUACAAAUGUACCUUAAUCAACAACUUUCAAAUACUAGUUAUCGAGGUAAAGAUCAAAGAAUAAAAGCCAAGUUAAAAAAAAGGUUGAGAAGACUGAAUACGAUCCAGCUGAUGAGAAUAUUGCAAUUCACAAUACCUAAAAUUUGUCUCAUGGUAAUCGUCCUAUAAGUGCUUAUGUAAAUUUAAUAAGAAAUAGGUCUUCAAAAAGAAUUCAAAGAAAUUUGAGAGCAGCUAAUUAAAUAAGCGAUGGUAGUUCAACAAAUCUUAACGUGAGCUAGCUUAAAAGAGAUAGUUUUUCUUAAAGAAAUGAAUCAGAUGACUUGAUAAUGAUAAAACAGAUAAAUAUGGCCAGCUAGCAUUAAAGAAGAAUAGAAAAGUUGUAGGAAGAGUUGUAUAACUAAUAGGAAAAGAAAUUAAAUUAUCCUCAUGUACUAUAAAAUCCUCUAGUGAGUGACAAUAAUAAUUAUGAUAGUAGGCCAAAAACUGUUGGAAACCCAAUUCAUAGUAAAAAACUUAAUUAGGCUAUAAAUAAUCUUAACAGUAAAAAUUAAGUUGAAGUUAAGCCUAAAAAAAGUAAAAAGAGCUUGCUUAGCAAAUCUUUCAGGGCUUUAAGCAAGAAUAUUAAUUAACACUAGCAGAAUUUAUAUUCAAGGCUUUUAAGGGAUCAGGAGUCUAGAUUUCCUCCCUAAUUUUUUGCAUAACAGUUGAAAUUAGACUAUGUCUAGAAGAAAAAUCAAUAUGUGAUUGGUCUGCAAUAUAGAUCUAAUAAGUAGCAGAGUACAUCACCCAUUAUGGGAUUCAAUUAGACUCCAAGUUAAUUGGCAUUCUAUAAUGGCAUAGAUAUAAACAGUCCUAAUCAUAGUUUCAACUCACCUGGUAAAAUUGUGGCAGUGCAUAUCCCCCAGACCUAGGUGAAUAAUAUUGAUUUUGACAGGGCCUCUGAUGGAGGAAACGGUUCAGUUGUCAGUAUUAAGGAGCUUCAACAAGACAUAUAAUCUUAAACAGUAAGCCAAAGUAACGGUCUAAUGAGGAAGUAGUAAUUCUUCAGUGGAGAGCAGGAAAUUGUGAUAAAAGAGCACUUAGUAAAUAAUGUUGAUGUUUAAAGGAUGAAUGAAUAAUUAUAAAGUUAUUGA